CAAAUUCUGGAAAGGCCAGUUCCCAGGUAGCCACAAGCGAGACAAAUCCCUCCCCUUGCCUCUUGUCUCUAGAUGCACACGCUCUGAAAUCUCAAACCAUUUUACUUUUACAACCUGCCUCGAUCAUCUCACCCGAGACCAACAGGCAGCGCUCAGGUAGAGGAACCAAAUAUGAAAUUGCCACUAGGCAUCACACUUGCACUCCUCUUGAUACUUCAACAAGUGUCCACCCAGAUACCUGAUAGCUGGAAGAGAAGUGAUGAGCCUACAGACAACAGUGGAGAACAAACAUUUAGUGAGGAAAUAACCCCUCGAUCAAGCAAGGAAAACGUACGAAGCAAUGAGGAUGCACAAGCCAAACCAGAGAGCAGUUCAGAAGAUGAAGGACAAACAUUUGGCUCAGUUUAUUUCAGUCUAGGAGGAGGGCAGAAUUCCACAAAACUGGAUCAGAGCCCUCAGCAGUCUGUUAGUGAAGAGGAAGCUAGUUCUGAGGGUCCCAUUGCUACAACACCACCUACAAUGAUCCCAAAUUCAAGUUCUGAGUUCUCAGAUACAUCAGCAGAAUCCAACGAAACACUGACACAGGACAAAGCCACAAAUACUUCCACAGCGGAGCCAGAAUCUGCUCUUAAUGACACAUAUACCACUCCACAACCUGAGACUACCACAGCAGAGAGCAGCCAUAAUGAAUCAGGUUCAGGAUAUUUUCCCUCAGAUGACUUACCUACCAACAGCACUACUGAAAGUUCAACCACCACAACAAAAGAUGAAAGCGUCCAGAACCAAACUACAGUGAGUCCAACCGAACCACCAGUAUACAGAACUACAACAUUUUCAAUUCCACCUGCCUACCGAGAAGAUGUCACGACUGCUGCCCCAGAGGAAACAGAAUUAAACCAGAACAAAUCUAUUGAAACCAGAGAGAGUUCUGGAAGAGGUUUAUCUUCAGAUGUUUCAGAUGGUACCGAAAGCAAGAAUGGGCAGGCAUGGACCAUCGUCCUAGUCAUUGGGAUUGUAGUGGGGGUCAUGGCCUUGGGAGCAUUUAUCAUCCUGAAUCGAAGGAACCAAAGAGAUUUCUCGCACAGAAAACUGGUGGAAUCGAUGUCUCCUGAUCCAGUUCUCAGACUGGAUAACAGUGAACCACUAGACCUGAAGUUUGAUGGAUUUGGUUACUACAACCCAGGACUACAAGGAGACAACAUCCAGAUGGCCAACUUUCCACAGGGACAUUCAAAAUGAGAACAAAUCUGUGAUGCCAAAGACACUUUAUUUAAUGUUGCACCCAUGUGAAGGCAAAAAGAUGUAAUUAAGAAAUUAUUAUCAUUUAAAGUGAUUCGCCAAAGGCAAUUUUAUAUAACUGAACAAUCAAAACAUUUAUUUUUUAAUGUUUAGUAGUGUCUUUUGUUUGACUGUUUUAGACUAUCUGAAAGAACCAAAAUCUGAAGAAUAUUUCUAUAACGGGCACUUUUUAUUGCAACUGCAAGUAUUGGAUUGUAUGUCUGCUUCUUAUUGUUCAAGAAGGUUGUUUACUUGACAUAAUUAUUGCAUCAUGCCAAACCUUGUAUAUGCAAGAUGGUGGAAAUUAUCAGCAUUAUGACACAAUUUCUCUGUGCACAGCAGUUUUGGUUUAGAGGAUCAAGAUUAUGUCGGUGAACUGGGAAAACAUCUAUAGGCUUUUUCCCAUUUAGAAUUUUCAGACUCUGGCCUAAUACCUUUCUUCUGUGCCUAUAAUAUUUGGUGAUUUGUUUUAGUUUACAAACGCUCUAGACUAAAUAGAGAAUAAACAUCACAGUAGGUUCUGAGAUUAUUAUAAAUAAUAAAAUGAUAAAAUAA